AUGACACGGCCGCGCCGCUCUUCUGCGGCGAGCGAGGAGAGCACGGCGACAGCUCACGACCAGGAGCUGGGGAGCAUGUACGACUAUCUAGCCAAGAUCAUACUUCUGGGGCCCAGCGGGACUGGCAAAUCAUGUCUGCUGCACCGCUUCGUUAAAAACGAGUGGCGCGUGCUGUCGUCGCAGACCAUCGGCGUCGAGUUUGCGAGCAAGAUUAUCAAAGUCGGGACGGGAGCCAGGAGGAAGAGGAUAAAGCUGCAGCUCUGGGACACGGCGGGCACGGAGCGCUUCCGGUCCGUCUCGCGAUCUUACUACCGCGGCGCCGCCGGCGCCAUCCUCGUAUACGACAUCACCUCCCACAAGUCCUUUGCAAGCCUCCAGCCCUUCCUCAAUGACGCGCGGGCCCUCGCCUCGCCCAACCUGACCAUGCUCCUGGUCGGCAACAAGCUCGACCUCGCCUCCGACCUCGUCGACACGAGCCUCCCGCCCCCGACCCCUAGCUCCAUGUCCUCGGCCAGCGUGCCCUACGCGAGCUCGCCCAUCGCAGGGAGAGACGGCGGCGGAUCGUCUUCGUCGGGAGGUGGUGCCGGCCUGGGCACGCAAAUGCGCGCAACGGUGGCCCCCGACGGCCGGGACGUGUCGACGACGGAGGCUAGCCGCUGGGCCAGCGGCGUCAGCGUGCCCGUGACGAUGGAGGUCAGCGCGCUGUCGGGCGAAGGGGUCGACGAGGUCUUUGCGCGCCUGGCGCGCAUGAUCCUGACCAAGAUCGAGCUCGGCGAGAUCGACCCGGACGACCCCAUGAGCGGCAUCCAGUACGGCGACGCCGGCGGGCCCUGGAACGCGGGCGCCAGCGAUGGCGGCAGCGUCAAGAGCGGCGUCACGGCGGACGAGGUUGGCGGGGUGCGGAGGCGGCGCGGCAAGGGCCGCGGGGUCCGGGGCAUGGCGCUGCGGGAGUGGGAGGAGGUGUUUACACUGUCUAAUCGGCGGAGGGGAGGGCCUUGCGGGUGCUGA